GAAUAAAGAGGAACAUGGAAGAGAAAGAGAAUUCCACGAUUAAAAAUAAUGAGGAAAAUUUUGAAUUUCAUAGUGACUGGUUAGCGCCUCAUCUUCCUUACUGGGAAAAGCAUUUAUAUCACUUGGCCAAUCAAGAAAUAAAUGUAUUAGAAAUUGGAGCUUUCGAAGGUCGAUCAACAACUUGGAUUUUACAAGAAUUAUGCAAGAAUCCUUUAUCAAAGAUGAUAACAAUAGAUACAUUCGAAAAAAUUUUUAAGGAAAUUGACAAUGAACCAAUAUUUCAUGAGAAUGUUAGAAAAACGGGAAAAGAAAGACAGAUUGAAAUCAUCAAGGGUAGAUCCUACGACUCCUUAAUUGAAUUAAAUCAAAGCAAGAAGAUGAUGUUCGAUUUUGUUUAUAUCGAUGGUUCUCAUAUCGCCUGUGACGUUUUAUCUGAUGCCGUUUUGUCCUGGAAUUUAGUGAAAGAAGGUGGAAUCAUGAUACUUGAUGACUAUCAAUGGGACUUCUACAAAGACGAGCACAAUAAUCCUACGAUAGCAAUAGAUGCCUUCUUGAAAUGCUUUAGAUGGCAAAUUGAAAUUCUCGAUCGGUAUUAUCAAAUAAUUAUUAGAAAAGUUACAAGAGAAAAUGUUUUGACAGUUGCAGAAGGCAAAGACUGGAGGGAAUUUUUAAAGCACGGAUGA